GAUCAAGUCCUAGAUCAGCACCCAUGUCCACAAAUGAAGACUUCUUUGAAGUUGGAGUUGGAAAGACACUGCAGGCACCUCCAAUAUUCGCAGUCUUGGGGGGAAGGCAGAGUUUGUCCACUGCAAUACCUCUUGAUGCCAUGUUAGCUGCAAUAAAGGAGAAAGAAACUCAAGUCAGAAAACAAACUCAUCACAGAGAGAACUCACCUGGGCUUGCACAAACAUUGGUUCUUUUUCCAUCAACUUUCACAUUUUCAACACAGUUGGGGAACGCAAAACUUGGGGAUGUCACUGGUGAUUGUACUCUCUUUGGUCCUCUACCAAAUACCAAUAUUGUCAGAUUGAACAACUUGCGGAUUGGCUUUCGAACUGGCUGAACUAAUCAUGUCUUCAACUUUAAUGUACAACUCUAUGCACCGUAGCUCACAAUUUGAGACAUGGAAAUCGAACAUCGAGUGAAUGUCUUGGUCAGAGGUGAGCCAAAUAACCCGACUGUCAGAUAAUUGGGGACCUAUUAUACCAUGCAACUUAUAUGCCAUAUGAGAUAUCUUCUUUCUUCCAA